ACGGAAUGUCUCCAGAGGACAUUCCAGAGACACAGGAUGCAAAGAACAAUACCCUAGACACCACCAUCAACUGGAAAGCACUCCGAGAACGUAGCCUUCGCCCCGGUGGAUUCGGAGAAGAAAGAGCACAACUCUGGGCGAAGCUCUUGCACGCCAACGCCAUCUCCGCUCCCUCACAGCACAGCUCCAGCGAACCACGGGCCUCCGAACAUGAUCGGGACGCAAGCACGGAUGAAACAUCCGCUGUCGCCACGCCUGACCCGCAACCCCACCCGGAUGAGCACCAGAUUGGGCUUGACACCAACCGCAGCUUCGUACUUUACCCAGUAGUUCAGGUCGGUGCUGAUCGGGAGAAGCUUCAGUCACAAUUACACGAUCUGCUCGUAACCUUCUUUCGUAAACGGAGAAAGCUACAUUACUUUCAAGGAUACCACGACAUAGUUACUGUUUUGUUUCUGACACUACCCGAAGAGCUGCAGCUCCCAUGCGUAGAACAGCUCAGCUUGCAUAGAGUUCGCGAUUCCAUGGGUCUUACACUAGAGCCCGUACUCGGCCUCCUGAGGAUAUUAUUGAACCUUCUCCGCCUCGUCGAUGGACCUUACGCUUCCGUCCUCGAAAGCACAUCCCCCCUCCCGUUCUUCGCCCUCUCCAACCUCCUCACCCUCUUCUCCCACGACAUGCCAACUCUGCCUCUGAUCCAGCACGUCUUCGACUACCUCCUGUGUCGCCCCCCGAUCACGGUCGUCUAUCUCGCCGCAGCAAUUAUUCUAGCGCGCAAAGAAGAAGUGGAGCGGCUCGUGGAAGAAGACGAGGAAGGCCUCAUCCAUUCCCUGCUGAGCGGCUUGCCUCCGCUCAGCGACGACGACGGCAGGGCUUCCGAGAAGCCCGGUGCUGCAACCGGACCAGCAGCUGAUGUUGCGACCUCUGAACAGAUAGGAGGCGGGGCAGUGGACAAGCACAACGUGGCCGUCUCCAUCGACGGAACGACGCCGUCCGAUCUGAAUGUACUGCCCGGCGACACAAUUAGCGAACCAGAUGGGGAGACGCUCGUUGCCCACUCUGGGGAAACCGACAGCUCCGCCAGCACCGACGAUCCAGACGCUGAUCACGAUGGCGCCAUGGAUGAUGAGACGCCGACAGACGUUGCCCCAUCUGGAUCCGAAUCAGACGCAAACGAAGCUCAGGGUUCUCCCUCAAAGAAGAAAGACGCGUAUCCCGUCACCUCGCCGUCGAUCGCGACCGAACAGAUUGCGAUGGAGAAUGAGAACGGGGACGGGGAGCAACCUCCGGUGCCCAACGGUGCACCCAAUUCUGUACCAUCAGCCACUUCUGCUUCUGAUUCUGAAGAACCCACCCCAAGCACCGGCGAUUGUCCAAGUCCACGUCUUGACACGGACAACGUCGACCUCCCCAACGGCGCUUCCACUGCCCCAGCCUCAGACGCCGACUCAGCCUCCUCGUGCUCCUCCGACUCCCCACUUCCCCGUUCCCACUCCUCCCCCACGCCAACCCCUCUCCCCUCCCUCCUCGCCCGCGCCUCCGAGCUCUACGCGCUCUACCCACCCUCGCACCCCGCACUCAGCGUCCCCUCCAUCCUCGGACCCAAAAGCGCAAUGCACACAUGGCACGAAGACCCCUCGCUCCUCCCCUCCUCCGCCGCCGCCGAAGAUAUGGUCAGCCACCCGGAGGAGAUCGUGUACCCGUUCCCGGAGCCGUCCAAGGGCGGCGAGGACGACAGCGACCUCGACAGCUCGUUCGAGGACGCACGCCGGGCGCCACGGCGGCCCGCGAGGCCCGCCCGGCAGACGCGCAGGGGCGCCGGGGGGAGGAAGGGAGUGACGCGGACGCUCGCGGGCCGCAUCGUUGCGCGGCGCACGGUGCUCGCGGGCGCAGUCCUCGUCCUGGGCAUUGCGAUGGCGUACUACGGCGCGCGCACCCAAAGCGGCACCGGCUCUGCAUUCGGGGGAUCCCGUGCGCUAGGCGCGUUGGCGUGGUGGGGCGGGCUGAUGGAGUAUAUCAGCCAGCGGUAGACUGGUUGUAGACGCCCCAUAGGACGAGUUGUAGGCUGCCCCCGUGCGGUCGUGAUUCUCUAUCUAUUGCGAUGUUGAUGGAGCGUUCGCGGAUCUUGCCUGCUGCUGCUGCUGCUGCCGCGAAGUUUAAAUUUGCUUGAUUUUGGCUGGGGUCUUGGAUGUCGACCGUCGACCGUUUGUAAGGCUGCCGUAUGGCGCUGCCGUUCUCUGCGCAAGCCCAUUGGCACAGUUGGUUUUGUCGGUUUACGUGGAAUGAUUGCGGGGCGCUGCUGAUCUUCAUGGAAUUGCUGUCGGCGCAGCCCGGGUGCAGCGGAUCACGAACUCAGUUCACC